UGGGAACUGCGCUAGCAAAGGACGCCGUGGCUAUUCGCUUAGGAGAGGAUGACAGCUGAACUGGUUGCGUGAGGAGUGAAGAGACCGUGUUUACAGUCACCGGCAGGCUGCGUAAAAAAGUGGCCCAGUGAGACAGGGAAAGUGACCCAGAAAAUUUAAUUUUGUUCAGAAUGAAAGCUGCUGUAUUUCUUUCUUUCUUUCUUUUUCUUCUUAAUUUGACGGAGUAGUAUUUUCCUUCUCUGUCGUUGAGACCAGUGGCAUUUCUAUGUUACAAACUGAAGAUAUUUGGGGUCUCGUCGGCUUGGAAUUAUCAAUGCUUGGGAGUGUGAGUGAAGAGACUCAGGAUGGCUCAGGGAUCCGGGGAUCAAAGAGCAGUGGGGAUUGCUGACCCAGAGGAGAGUUCUCCAAACAUGAUCGUCUACUGCAAAAUUGAAGACAUCAUUACAAAGAUGCAAGAUGACAAGACAGGGGGCGUGCCCAUCAGAACAGUCAAGAGCUUUCUCUCCAAAAUCCCCAGUGUCGUCACAGGUACUGACGUCGUGCAGUGGCUUAUGAAGAACCUUUCCAUUGAGGACCCAGUUGAAGCAAUACACUUGGGAAGCCUUAUCGCUGCCCAGGGCUACAUCUUUCCAAUCUCGGACCAUGUUCUCACCAUGAAGGAUGAUGGUACCUUUUAUCGUUUCCAGGCUCCGUACUUCUGGCCUUCGAACUGCUGGGAACCUGAAAACACUGACUAUGCCAUCUAUCUCUGUAAGAGGACAAUGCAGAAUAAAGCGAGGCUGGAACUGGCAGAUUACGAAGCAGAAAACUUAGCAAGACUCCAGAGGGCCUUUGCAAGGAAGUGGGAAUUCAUCUUUAUGCAAGCAGAAGCACAAGUAAAGAUUGACCGGAAAAAGGACAAGACAGAAAGGAAAAUUUUGGAUAGUCAAGAACGAGCCUUUUGGGAUGUCCACAGGCCUGUGCCAGGCUGUGUGAACACAACAGAAAUGGACAUCCGAAAAUGUCGACGUUUGAAGAAUCCACAAAAGGUUAAAAAGUCCGUGUAUGGCGUGACUGAAGAGUCCCAGGCACAGAGCCCAGUGCAUGUACUCAGCCAACCAAUCAGGAAAACAACAAAAGAGGACAUCCGGAAACAGAUAACAUUUUUGAACACACAGAUCGACAGACAUUGUUUGAAAAUGUCCAAAGUGGCUGAAAGCUUAAUUGCCUACACGGAACAAUAUAUGGAAUAUGACCCUUUGAUAACACCAGCUGAGCCAUCCAACCCUUGGAUCAGCGAUGACGUCGCUUUGUGGGACAUAGAGAUGAGCAAAGAGCCCAGCCAACAGCGAGUAAAAAGAUGGGGCUUCUCUUUCGAUGAGAUAUUGAAGGACCAGGUGGGGCGGGACCAGUUUCUACGAUUCCUGGAGUCCGAAUUCAGUUCAGAAAACCUCAGGUUCUGGCUGGCUGUCCAAGAUCUUAAGAAACAACCCCUACAGGAUGUGGCCAAGAGGGUAGAAGAAAUCUGGCAAGAGUUUCUGGCUCCAGGGGCUCCAAGUGCAAUCAACCUGGAUUCUCACAGCUAUGAGAUAACCAGUCAAAAUGUCAAAGAUGGAGGGAGAUAUACAUUUGAAGACGCCCAGGAGCACAUCUACAAGCUGAUGAAGAGUGACAGCUAUGCCCGCUUCCUCCGGUCAAAUGCUUAUCAGGACUUGCUGCUGGCCAAGAAGAAGCCAGAAAGUGAGCAAGGUCGUAGAACUUCCCUAGAAAAGUUCACUCGCAGUGUGUGCUGCUGGCGCAGAGUCAGAAUGGCCGCUGCAUUUCACCCCCGAGGUGGCUUCCUUCCAGCAGUGGGGAAAGUCGCUGGCGGGCAAGCGCCUCACGGGCCUGAUGCAGUCCUCCUGACCGUUCCCACCGCAGGUCCAGGGCCCGGGCCCGCGGACCCCACGGGCAGGCGGCGGCGCUCCACAUCCGCAGACAGAGUUUCCUUACGGGGAGACUUGGUCACUGUGAAGGAGAAAGAUUGUAUUCCAACACUCCACUCGCUAAGAGGCCCUGAUCCCAGCUCAUUCAGGGGAGAACACGUCGUGGGGUUCCUGUCACGACUACCACUUGAGAUUCUAUUAUUAUCCUCACUCCCCUGCUAUCUUGGGGUCACACCUUCUGGCAAAUUCAAGAGGAAUGAGUGGACCAAGAGCACAUCCAGUAUUUUCAUCACCUCCCUGGCACCUCCCAUAGUUACAGCCACUACAUCCCCAACGCCGCCUGUCAUCCCUCACGUCUCUGUGGCCACCCGGGUGUCACCGCCAGCACCAGGCACCGCUUUCACGUAAAAUGUCCAAAUCACGUCUUCGGCAAGAAAGCAACCUCAUGGAUUGCCCCACCUCAAGUUCUUUCCACCCUCUUUGAGAUCAGCGUUCGGAGAGGUCCCCGCCAGCCUGGUGGCUGCCCUCAGGUCCCAUCACAUGUCUCAAGGGUCCAGCGUUCGCGGAAGCACUGGUGAAGAUGACAGAGCUUGUUUCACAGCUGCGGGAAUUCUGCUGACCAUCUUUUAGAAAAUUAUUUCAUAAUUUAUUCUGGUUUGCCCCCUUGCUCCUUGAUUUAUUCCCUCAUGUUUUACUCAAAAUAAAACAUGGCCAUGAACUCAGGGGCCAUUGGGCUUCUCCCCUCUGGCAGCCCCAGGUGGGAGCUGGGAGGGUCCCCAGCCCAAGAGGUGGCUGGACUGCAGGGCUGGCAGCCCCCACGUGGUAGCAUCCUGACAGGCAUGGUAAGGCGCUUGCUGGGUCAGGUCUCCUGUGUGUGUGAAGCUGGAGCAGAGUAUGCUGCGAAGGGACCAGGCCAGGCCACAGGGUUCUCCUCCCAGUCUUUAUCUGAAGGCCCAGCCAAAGCGCCCCUCUAAACCAGUCGCCUAGGGGAAGUGCAAAAAUCUGCAAAAGAUCCACCUGUAUUCCCUCUGUGUGUGUGUCAAAAAUGACCGUUUGCCAACCUGGCUGUGAGGUAAUGUAUGUAAAGCACCGAGUCAGGUGCCUGAUACGUAGUAGGUGCUUAGCAAACGGUAGCUAAUACUAUCAUCAUUGUCAUUGUUAUUGUGACACCCAUGAGCCCACAGACAGAGCUGUACUAAGUAACCUGUUUUUGAAUCCAGACAUUCACUCCCCCACUUGCUAUGACUAUCCUCCUUUGAUCUAUUUUUGGCCAUAGGUAAAAAAAUCUCUCGUGGGAGCAUAUAAACAAAAAACAUAGAAGCAAUAAAGCGAUCGCUGGUAUUUCUUUUCUCAUGUAGCCAAAUUCACCAGCCGGUGACUGAAGGCUCAGAUGCUUGCUUAUUUGCAGACCCGGCCUCCUGGGUGCUCCCCAAUGACCCAUCCUUCCACCCCACCACCUCCGAGUCCUGUCUAUGUCUGCUUCCACACAGCCCUGUCCCCAGGGCACCAGCCUUCUGUCCCUCACAGCAGUGCCGCCACAGGCAUUAGGAGUCUUCCUUAUGUUGUAUCCUUGUGAGUUCUUGACUGCCAUGCCCCAGUUUCCCUCUCUCGGAGGCACAGUGGAAACUGGAGAGAUGACAGAUGUGGAGUCCUCAGUGUCUCCAGAUGUGGCAAUUCUUGCUGGACACCUGCACAUGCUCAGCACAGAGGCUGGUACUUUGGAGGCAGUAACCACUUGAUGAGUGCAUGAAUGACAUGAAGCCCCAUUAUGGGGUCUUUUGACAGGCCCCUUUCAUCCCCUUUCUCUUUGUAUAAACCUCCUGUUUCAGAACAAAAUUGUAGUCUAAGUUCAUUUGCAGCCUUGCCCAAGGAUCCCCAGGCUGUGCUGACCCCCAGGAAUAGGGCAAAGGGCAUUCCCAAACAGCAGGCACCUCAGUGCCCUCAGUUAUCCUGGGCAAGGGGCCUGGCUGCCCCCUGCUUCUCCCCACGGUGCAGGGGCAUUCUAAGCUAGGCUGCAGACAGGGCAGGGUUGGCUUCUCGGCCAUUCCUUCUGUGCCCCCUUCUUCUGACUGGUGUCUCCCUGGAGAUCCCCCGAGGAUCUGCCCAGAGCCAGGUGGUCUCUGGCCCUGAGAUAGAGCUGGCUGCAGGCUUACAAGCACUUCUGGGGACAUCCAGAGGGGAAGGGCAGUAAGCACAACGGAGGUAAGGGACUUCAGAUGGACUCAAACCCAGAGCAAUAACCCUCUCACACCACCCUGCACUAAGGCACCCAUGUUCCCCAGUAGAUCAAGCCAGAGGCUUGCAAGAAGGGAGUGGAAUGAGGCUGCCUAUCCAAAGUCCAUCUACCACACAGACCUUGGUCAUGUAAGUACAUUUGGAAGAUCUGUUCUUGGCCCGUUCCCCACUGGCCUAGUCUACACAGCCAAAAAUUCAGACUAGAUUAGAUGUUUGCAGGCAAUUCUGUAGCAAAGCAGGUUCCCCUACCCUGUCCUGCCCGCUAGAAGCUGCCUUAGCCUCCCUGAAUGGGUGUGGUCUCUGGGCCUAGGACUCCUCCCUAAGAGGAAAAGCGCUCUCCAGCCACAUCUUAGCAGCCCCACAGCCACAGCAUCAGGGCAGCUGCAGCAAGUGACCAACCACCCACCGGGUUAGAUACACAAGGCACCAGGCACUGGCAUCUGACUAAAAUAACCUUUCCCUACAUGGGAAGAAGAAAGCUUGUAGGUUGGCACAUAUAAAUGUCCAGCCACAACCAGAUGGCCUGACCUAAGCAGCAGGAACUCUCUUGGGAGGAGCCUCCUGCCCUUCCAGAAAGUGAUGUGUCAGCUUUGUUCUCCUGGGAAGGUGUUGCUAUACCCCAGGAACAAAGCAAGGCCCAACUACCAGUGCAGUCAGCCGGGCCUGCGCUCCAGGCUCACCGCCGCUGAGUGGUCAGGUACCGGGCCGGCACCCUGGGAGGGACCUCUUGUGACUCUGAGUUGCAGCUUGGACUAGCUGAACACAUGGGGACAUGCUCCAGGGGCUUCUUCCCUGGCAGGAUUCCUGGGAUGUUCUAACUACCUCACCAACAGGAUGCUAAGCCGGGAGCCUGCCACCCUACUGGCUCCCUUGGUGAUUAUGGAAGGUGAUGUUUUUCCUAAAAUGCAUCCCUCCUGUUCUGUUCCAAAUACAUGAGCUUCAAAAACCGCCACCAGGAAAGCCUUCCCAGAAGAGGGAAAGGAUUGAGGGCUCUCUUCCUUUGGGCCCUGCAAAAUGUAUUGGAGGGAGGUGUUGCUGCAAGGUCCAGGAGCUGGGAAGCUCUGGGCUCGGGGGGAGAUAAUGCACCACCAGCCUCGAAAAGGAGCUGCCCAAGUUGAAUAUGUAGCAAAGACCAUGGGAUAAGUUGAAUAGUGGCCAAAUGAAUCACUAAUAACUCACCAUGGGACCCUCUGAAGAGAGGCCUGUGCUCGUGUAACCAUAGCAACAGCAGAUGCCAGCAACCUACUCAUUAGUACCACCCAGUGAUAAGGCAUCCCCUGGGCUAGACCCAGGGGCCAUAAAGUAGCAAAGUAGCAAAUGUAGCAAUAAGGGGCCCGGGUCUAUGUGGCGACAGGGUCCAAAUGACCAGGCCUCGGCCCUCUCCCCAGCCCCGAUGAGGGCUCAGAGCCAGCUGCUGUCAGCUGUCUGGGGAGGGAAGGCCCUGCUCCACACCGGGGACCCCUGUUCUAUACUCUAAGCCCACUCACCGCAUGAUCACGGACACGUCGGAAUGGCCUCCUCUUAGUGCAUGUGGUUCUCAUUAGUUUAUUUUUCUGGAAUUUGGGGAUUGGACCCCAGAACCAAACAUGCUGGUACAGUCUAAAAAUAAAUGACUUGAACCCACUUCAAUCCA